UGCUGGCAGGCGCUGCUGACGAGGCGGACGCUGCCCGCGAGCGCGCAGGAGGCGCCCGGCGAGCCCCGAGAGCGCAGCCGCCGCCGCCGCCGCCGCCAAAUGCUGUGCUUGGUGAUCGCCGCGAUGAAAGCUCAAAUUGAAAUUAUUCCAUGCAAGAUCUGUGGAGACAAAUCAUCAGGAAUCCAUUAUGGUGUCAUUACCUGUGAGGGCUGUAAGGGCUUUUUCAGGAGGAGUCAGCAAAGUAACGCCACCUAUUCCUGUCCCCGACAGAAGAACUGUUUAAUUGAUCGAACCAGUAGAAACCGUUGCCAACACUGUCGUUUACAGAAAUGCCUUGCUGUGGGGAUGUCUCGAGAUGCUGUAAAGUUUGGUCGAAUGUCAAAAAAGCAGAGGGACAGCUUGUAUGCAGAAGUGCAGAAACACCGGAUGCAGCAACAGCAGCGAGAUCACCAACAGCAACCCGGCGAGGCAGAGCCAUUGACGCCAACAUACAAUAUCACUACCAAUGGGCUAACAGAACUGCAUGAUGACCUCAGUAAUUACAUUGAUGGGCAUACCCCUGAAGGUAGCAAAGCAGACUCUGCCGUUAGCAGCUUCUACUUAGACAUACAGCCUUCUCCAGAUCAGUCGGGGCUUGAUAUUAAUGGAAUCAAACCAGAACCGAUAUGUGACUACACACCUGCAUCGGGCUUCUUUCCUUAUUGCUCUUUUACAAAUGGAGAGACUUCUCCUACUGUGUCCAUGGCAGAAUUAGAACAUCUCGCACAGAACAUUUCCAAAUCACAUAUGGAAACUUGCCAGUACUUGAGGGAGGAGUUGCAGCAAAUAACAUGGCAAACUUUUCUACAGGAAGAAAUUGAGAACUACCAGAGCAAGCAGAGGGAGGUAAUGUGGCAAUUGUGUGCCGUGAAAAUAACAGAAGCAAUACAGUACGUGGUGGAGUUUGCCAAACGCAUUGAUGGCUUUAUGGAACUGUGUCAAAAUGAUCAAAUUGUGCUUUUAAAAGCAGGGUCUUUAGAGGUUGUAUUUAUCAGAAUGUGCCGUGCCUUUGACUCCCAGAACAACACAGUGUACUUUGAUGGCAAAUAUGCUAGCCCCGAUGUAUUCAAGUCAUUAGGGUGUGAAGAUUUCAUUAGUUUUGUUUUUGAAUUUGGAAAGAGCUUAUGUUCUAUGCACCUUACUGAAGAUGAGAUUGCAUUAUUUUCAGCUUUUGUUUUACUCUCUGCAGACCGAUCAUGGCUUCAGGAGAAAGUAAAAAUAGAAAAGCUCCAACAGAAGAUUCAGUUAGCACUUCAACAUGUAUUACAGAAGAACCACCGAGAAGAUGGAAUCUUAACAAAGCUAAUAUGCAAAGUGUCUACUUUAAGAGCACUGUGCGGGCGACAUACAGAAAAGCUUAUGGCGUUUAGAGCAAUAUACCCGGACAUUGUGCGACUUCAUUUUCCUCCAUUGUACAAGGAGUUGUUCACUUCAGAAUUUGAGCCAGCAAUGCAAAUGGAUGGGUAAAUGUAUCACCUAAGCACUUCUAGAAUGUCUGAAGUACAAACUUUAAAAGAGAAAAGGAAAAAAAGAUAAUAGAAACCAAGACACUUUAUAUGGUCCUGCAUAGACCUAGGGAGCCAACACACUGCACAUCUUCUGGCGAAUGGGGUCAGGCAGAAAAAAUGGGGGAAAUGACAUAAAAGUUGAACUUGUUUUUCUCACACAAAUGAUUUCCAUGAUCCCUACCGAUAUGGACCCUUUUUUGUCUUGACUUCUGUCUUUGACUUCUGUUUAUGCAGAAUGAGGGUACUAAAAAAUCAGGAGGUUUCCUUUUCCUUGAAACUCACUGCCCACAGACUUUCACAGAACGACGUUUUGUUAGUAAGAACAGAAUCUCCAGCUAGAAACCAGCGACUGGUGUGCAUUGCAGAGGCUUCAGCAUCAGUUUGCACAACUUGCUCAUUGUUUCAUGAAGGACGAUUUCUUUUCACCCUACCGUUGAUUGCCAGUAGGCGGAAUGGCAUGAAAAGGGUCCAUAGCAAUAGUGACAAUAGCAUUAUAAUCUAUUACAGGGUAAAUGGGCACGAAGUCUAUAUAUAGCAAAAGAGAUAUUGUUUAUAAUAUUGUUUUAAUUAAUAUAAAAUGUAGUUACUGGUAUAGCUUUUAUUGUUGAAUUGAUAAGGCACUUUCAUUUUGCACCUUUUUCUUUUAAAUUAUAUGCUAGCGUGUUCAUUGUUGUGCUGCAUGUGCACCAGAACUUCAAGUUUAACUGUGGGAGGUUUGGAAGGUAGAGGGACACUGCAAGGUGUUUAUGCUGCUGUUUUCCACAUUUACUUUUAAAGAGAGGCCGGUCAUAUCAUGAAAUACCUUCAGUGAUUUUGUGUAAUGGGACAAGGGGGGGGAGGGGGGAAGACAAGUUUCUAAACUGCGAGUUUUAGCUUGUGUUUUUAAAAGACAAUUUAAUAUAUAAACAAAACAAUCCCUGUUCUUAAAGAGAUUGCUGACAUAGGGAUAGAGAAAAUCUAUAUUUAAUCACUUUAAAGGUGCUACUGAAAAAUUAGCUCAUUUUAAAGUCAGCCGAUUCCUUAGGUGACUAAAUAUGGAUUCAGAAAACCAAAUUUAGAUACAUAUCUUUUGGAAAUAUUGGUCCUAAUACUUUUGUUUACAUUUAGAGUGUGUGUGUGUGUGAGAGAGAGAGAGAGAGUGUGUGUGUGUCCAGCAAGUGCAUGUGCACCAUUAGUCAUCUGUUGAGACAGAUAGGGUACAAUCCAUCACGAAGUUCUUUUGUGUAGUCCUGAUUGAAAUGAAUGGGAGAUUUCCAAAUUGUAAUAGUGUUUCCUGGUGAAUUGUCUCCCUUGACUUAAAUCCAGCGUACAGUUAAGAGUGCCCAAAUCUAUUUAAUAUUUAAGACUGAAUAACUGUUUGCUGAAUUGUGGCACUGUUGUUUAUUUUAUUUAGUAAAAGUGGGUUUACAUGUGGCUACUUACUCCAUAAACUAAACAGUGUAAUUUAAGCGGGUCCCCACACCUAGAGAAAAAGGCCUAAAGCUUGAUUUCAACUGAGUGCUGCACUUUUUAGCCACAGAGGUAUGCUCAAUAAGCUGUCCAGGAUGGCCAGUUAUGUGAAUAGUGGAUUAUGAAAUGAAAUGAAGUAUCUGACUCUAAAGAAAUUAAUUUAGGAAUAGCCCUUUCAAUCUUCUCUUAUUUUCCCACCUUCCAAGGAAUAAAACAGGCCCGACAUACAUUAAACUGGCAAUACCAUUGCCACCGAUAAGGCACACCAUAUUGAUUGGGCCCAGUUUAACUACAAACAGCAAAACCCCUCAUUUCACUGGCGUAGUUAAAAUGGAUGCCAACCACGUGGCUGCUAUGUUACACAGAUGGCUUUCCACACAGAAAAAUCUCAGCACAGUUUGCUGUCCUGGUAGCAAAUGGAUCAUAAACCAUGACUUUGAAUUAGGCCACAUCCUACCACAAUGCAUACAUGUGAUACUGAAUUUUCCAAGUGUUGUUUCAAAUGUGGUUUCCAGUAUAAGUGAAUCACACACUUUUUGAGAAAUCUUGUUUUGUUACUGAAGAGAAAAUAAAAAAGGACAUACAUAGGGCUAGGGAGUGCUUCUCUCCACCCGAUUUCUCUGGAGCAUACUGGGGCUUCAUUCAAAAUGUAGCAGUUACGUACAAACCUAAACAUUGUAGAACCUGAGUUCUAAUUUGAGUCAUUAUUUUAGGAAUUAUUUACAUACCAUCUGGAGUAUUUUAUUCAACCUUAAAAAGUCUUAGGUCAUUGUGUUUUUGUGACAAAUCCUAAAUCCUACUCAGCUAGAGUGGCAACUGUGCUAUUUUUUAUCUGUUGACAAGUCAAGAACUCAGUUAUUCCAAAGUACACUUCUAACCCUGAUUCCACCAACACCCUUGAUUGAGAAAAUGUAUCAAAGAGUAAAAGAUUCUUCUCAGGAUAACUUGUAAAGCAAGGGAGUUCUUCAAACUACACCUAACCUAUUCAAAUGACUCUUUGUAAAAUAAAUUUUAUAAUAUAGCAAUUUUUAGCAUCCUGAUGAUUUAAAUUUAAAGAUGUAAUCUUCUUGUCUCAGUGCCUGAAAGUUUUCAUCAAAGGACCAACCAUCCAGCUGUCUAGACAUGGAUUGUUCAGGCUCCUAAAGAAAAUCUCAAAAAAUAUUUUUUGCCGUUUAUUGGAUAUUAUGAUUAUUUAAGUAUUUUUUUUAUUUCAAAAUGACCUCUUGCAAGGUAUGAAAAAUUUUAUUUACUUGUUGGAGUAUAUGUGCAUUCUAGCAUACAGUGUAGUAGUAAUUCACAUGUAAAAGGUAAUAGAAAAUUCCUAUUAAGGAAGGUGCAUGAGGGGCUAUGCAGUUGGACCUGUUUGUUUUGAGCCCCAAAGUCUUCAUUCAAUGUAGUAUAAAGAGCUGAAAAUUCUCAUCUUUGAGGGUUCCUACAUGCCCAGUGCAAACUGUAAGAUUAAAUUUUCUAUAGGCAUUAGAACUGUGAAGUCAGUUCAGUCAGACAGGAAACAAACUUAUAGCUGCAGAAUCUUUCAUCUCUAUCACUCCCAGGGCAGCUUGUUAGCAUCUAGGGAAAUCAAGGCCUAAUUAGUUAUGAAAGGAUCUAAUGUGCAAACAAAAGUGAACAUGCAAACAUUUUAGGGCCAUGUUGGGCUUGCAGACAGGAGCUACUCAUGCAGACAUGUUUGUAAUAUAUACCAGCAGUUCUAUGUAAGAGGUUACACACAUGGCUGCCUUCAUGUAUGAAGCAGAGCAGCAGAUCUCUAUGCUCCUGAGCCACUUAGGUUGGGAAUGUAGAAAUGGGAAAUUCAAAUGCAGUCCUCUUGCCAUUUACCCUUUCAAGUGACCACAGAUACAGUGGUACCUUGGUUUAAGAACAGUCCGGUUUAAGAACGAUUUGGUUUACAAACUCCGCAAAACCGGAAUAGUGUCUUGGUUUGAG